AUGGGUAUUAGAGGACUUACGGGAUAUCUGCGACCAUUGUGUGUGCAACGACCGCCGCAGUCGUUUGCGGACGGCGCCAUGUUCAUCGACGGCCACGCCAUGGCUCACCAGGUGGCGCGAAUGGGAAACGAAGGAGCCAUGUACGACUGGCGGGGAGUAGGUCUGACCAUGGAACGGGUGAUGAACCAAUGGAUCCAAGACGGCUGGAAUAUUGAAAUUGUGCUGUUUGACGGGCUCACUCCCCGAGAAAAAAUGGGGAUCAUCAACAAACGGGUGGCGGAGCGCAUCCGAACUGCCACCAGGUCAAGCUCCCUCAACCUGGCGGCGGCCUGUGCGUCCGUGUGCCAGGCAGUUCUGGUCAACAAGUACCCCCAAAUCAAUUGCAAGAUUGCGCCUGGCGAAACCGACGACAUUCUCGCCAGCAUGGUGUGGAAUUACGCCAUUAAUCAUACCGAUACCCCGACCUACCUGCUCACUGGCGACUCGGACUUCUUUGCAUUUGACUUCCCCGAAAAUGUCACCAUUGUGAACCCCCAGAUGCGCCACGGUAUGUACAGUGCCCUCAAUCUCACUCCCCAGGUCCGAAAGAAGAAGGGUGUCCUGCCCUCGGCAGCAGCCUACAUGAUCAAAGAGAAUAUCAGAUACAGCAGCGUGGAGACGAACCCUAGGUACCUCGAAUUUCUCGCCAGCCAGAUGGACACUCUCAAGAGAAACUCGAUUUCCACCCAUGACGAGUUUGCCAACAACGAACAAAUGAUGCAUAGUUACAGGGUACUUGGAGAAAACUCGUUCGAUCAAGCUGGUCACCGCAUCAUCAAUGGCCUGGUGGCCUCCAACGAGCUGUACAUGAUGAUGCCUAUCAUGUGUGAGCCUAGCGAUUCUGAAUUUUGUUUUGAUGCCGGACGCCGAUGGAGAUCUCUGGCCUACGAGGUCAUUGCUCAAAAGGCGGGAGGCAAGGGCAUGUACUUUUCCGAGUACGGACGCAACGGGUGGAAUCUUGGAGAGCGAAAGAUCCCCAUCACGGACGGAAGCAGAGAACAGACUGACCGCCUGGAGGACUACAAGUACGGCUCCAGGGAGACUAUCACAUAUGAGAUCAAACAGUGGAAAACGAAGAAGGAUAUCGUGAAUGCCAUUUACAAUGAGACGGCCCUCACUACUCUAAGUGGAGACGGGAUUCUCAAAUACAGCCCCGAGAUUACAAAGCAGGCAGCCUUGGCGUAUCUCAACGAGAUUGUCGACUCAGUGGAUAAACGUCGAAGAGACAUCUAUCAUAGAGAUAGAGGCAGAAGCAUGACGCCCACCUCUUUGCGAAUCUACAACAAGAUGCUCGCUUGUGUCUUGUCUCUGCGAUUGCUUCAGUGCGUUGGGUUCAAGCUUCCUGUCGAGCUCCAACUGUACGACAUGGAUGGAGCUCGAUGGGGCCAAGUGGUCUUGGAGACCCAUUCUCCCCGUCACAAGCCCAUCAACGUGAGAAAAGACAGCAGGUCUCAGAAGAGUGCUGACGACCUUGCUGACCAGAUUGGACAGAUGAAGAUUGAGUCCUAG